UUGUCACAUGACUGUCAGGAGGAAAAGAAAACAGGAAGAGAGUUUUCGCUUGGUUGUUGUGAACAUUUUAUGAUUUAUUUAAGUCUCAGAAUGUGACAGAGGAACAGCUUUGGACACCAGGCGACAUUUGGACCUAAAGUACGCUCAUUCUGUGUCUGGUUUGUGAAGGUUUUGUCUGUCGGCGGUACGUGCUGUUCACUCGCACGAAGAAACCAAACUCCACUGAAAAUCCUGUCAAUUGAAGACAAUCUUUAUUAUCCACAAAGGGUCACCAUGGGGUCUGCAGUGGAGAGAACAGAUGAGCAUGUGAGAGAGUAUCUGAUCUACCGCGGCUUCACCAGCACUCUGAAAAACCUGGACAGUGAGAUCAAAGCUGACAAGGAGAAAGGCUUCAGGGUGGAUAAGAUCAUCGAUCAGCUGCAGCAGUUCAUCCAGAGCUUUGACCUGUUUGGUCUGAAGGAGUACUGGCUUUACCUGGAUAGACGUCUGUUCUGCAGACUGGAGGAUGUUUACCGAUCCACUGUCAACAAACUGAGAACCAGCCUGUACAGAUACUACGUCAUCAACACCAUCCAGAAAGGAAACCUGGAGAAGACUCAGGAGUUUUUCCAGAAGCAGGCGUUGGAGCUGCAGGGUCAGGCUGAGUGGCGUGAUUGGUUCAUCCUGCCGUUUAUCCCAGCACCUGAGCAGAACCCUGCCUUCUCUCCUUAUUUCUCCCGCCAGUGGUCCGACACCUUCCUGGUUUCACUGCACAACUUCCUGUCUGUCCUCUUCCAGUGUAUGCCCCAGCCAGUCUUGCUGAGUUUUGAUGCUGAAGUCCAGAAGACGACCAGCCUGUCAGAAGAGAAUGAACAGUUCCGUCAGCUGCUGUUCGCCCUGCAGACAGAGAGUCGGGACCAGAGGGACGUAGAUGACAUGGUCCACCACAAGCUGCCGGCAUAUGUCCAGAACAUGGACCGACUGGGAGACACUGAGUUGGACUUGGUGUCAAGCCAGCGUGCCAUCAGCACCUCCGCCACUCCUUCCAGAAACUUCUUCUCUACAUUCCUACCACAAGGCCGGCGCACUCCAGGGAAAACGCCUCAGGUCACCACUGGGUCUUCACCAAGCCAGGCAGUAGUGGGCAGAAAGGACCCACCAAUCAGUCAGACCACAAAGUCAAAAGAGGCAGUCCAAGCUAAGGAGGUGAAGCCAGUUUCCAGCCAGGCAUCAACCAGUGAACCUUCAAUUUCCCAAUCCCAACAGUCAACAAACCAGCAGACAAACCAGCAGACACAUCCCAGACACAAGAGAAUCCAGGAUCAUGAAAAAGAGAGGAAGGAGCUUUUCUCCAAACCACCAUCACAGAUAUCAGAGAAGAAGGGGGAGGCAGGGGAGAUGGAGCCUCCUGUGGAGACCUCUGGCGAAGCCCCUGACUCCUCCUUAAAUAGCAGGAGCAGUAGAGGAGGAGCAGAGGGAGGAGGUCUGUCAGUGGAGCAGCCUUUCAUCAAACUCAGCCAAGAGGAGUAUGGAGAACACCAUUCCUCCAUCAUGCACUGCAGGGUUGACUGCUCUGGUCGCCGGGUUGCCAGUUUGGAUGUAGACGGAGUCAUUAAGGUGUGGUCAUUCAACCCCAUCAUGCAGACAAAAGCCACCAUCAUGUCAAAGUCUUCUCUGCUGUCUCUGGAGUGGGCCACCAAACCUGACAGACUGCUGUUACUAGGCAGCGGCGUUGGCACAGUGCGGCUUUACGAUACAGAUGCCAAGAAGAAUCUUUAUGAGAUGAAUAUCGACGAAACUCACCCACGUAUCUUGUCUUUAGCUUGUAGUCCCAGCGGUUCGUCAUUCGUCUGUUCGGCUGCAGCUCUGAGUCAAUCUGGAAGUUCUGAAUCUUCUCCUCGACUUCCUAUACCAGUGUCUGGACAGCUGCUACUCUGGGACACCAAAACUGUCAAACAACAGCUCCAGUUCUCGUUAGAACCUGAACCAGUAGCCAUUAACUGCACGGCCUUCAAUCACAACGGAAACCUGCUGGUGACUGGAGCCGCUGACGGAGUUAUCAGACUGUUUGAUAUGCAGCGCUAUGAGAGUGCUAUGAGCUGGAGAGCUCAUGAUGGAGAAGUUUACAGUGUGGAGUUCAGCUAUGAUGAAAACACCGUCUUCAGCAUUGGAGAAGAUGGCAAGUUCAUCCAGUGGAACAUCCACCGGUGUGGGGUGAAGCAGUCGGAGCAGAUUUUAACUCAGGACGCCACCGGCCCCUUCGUUUUGUCAGGAUACAGCGGGUACAAACAGGUUCAGGUUCCUCGAGGUCGACUCUUCGCCUUCGACUCUGAAGGACAACACGUCCUGACCUGUUCCAGCUCUGGAGGACUCAUAUACAGACUGACCAAUGGGGAGCCGGCUCUAGAGAGCGUGCUGUCGCUGGGCGGGCACAAAGCACCAGUGGUGACAGUUGAUUGGUGCUCAGCAGUGGACUGCGGGACCUGUCUGACCGCCUCCAUGGAUGGGAAGAUCAAACUGAGCACGCUCCUGGCACAGAAGUCCUGAUUGAGGACCUGACAGAGGACACCUGAGUUAAGUUUAAAAUAAACAGACUCAGUUAGUGAUGGAGAUUAUUAGAAUGUAAUUAAUAUGUCAACAGUUUGACAAUGUGAUACAAAUAGUGAAAAUCGGCCAAUCUGUUGUAAAUUCAUAUAAACAUUAAAAUCCCACUGAAAGUUCAA